AUGGUCCAGAAGAAGAAUGCCAUUUUGGUGGAUGGGGUCAUCCUAAAUGGUCCAAUAAUGGACUCAAAAGCAGGAGAGAAGUUUGUGGAAGAGGCCUGUAAGAUUAUAAUGGAAGAAGUUAUCCAGAAAGCUGACGACGCAACAGAAAAGGUUUGUGAAUGGCAAGCUCCCGAAACACUGAAGCAGAUUCUUGACCUGGAAAUGAGGGACACUGGAGAAUCUCAUCAGAAACUCUUGCAACUCUGCCGGGAUGUUAUACAGUACAGCGUCAAAACCAGUCAUCCGAGAUUUUUCAAUCAACUGUAUGCUGGAAUAGAUUAUUACUCAUUAGUGGCUCGUUUCAUUACAGAAGCGCUGAACCCGAGUGUAUACACAUAUGAAGUAUCCCCUGUGUUUCUGUUAGUGGAAGAAGCAGUCAUCAAGAAAAUGAUUGAGUUCAUAGGCUGGGAAGAAGGUGAUGGUAUAUUUAAUCCAGGUGGCUCUGUUUCUAAUAUGUAUGCUAUGAACUUAGCAAGAUACAAGUUUUGUCCUGAGAUAAAGGAAAAAGGGCUUUCAGGUUUGCCAAGACUAGUCCUGUUCACUUCGGAAGAGUGUCAUUACUCCAUGAAAAAGGCAGCCUCCUUCCUGGGUGUUGGUACAGAGAAUGUUUACUUCAUCAAAACAGAUGAAAGAGGUAAGAUGAUACCUGAGGAACUGGAGAAACAAGUCCAGCGGGCCAGGAAAGAGGGGUCAGCACCAUUUCUUGUCUGUGCUACAGCAGGCACAACAGUGCUGGGAGCAUUUGAUCCUCUGGAUAAAAUUGCCGAUAUCUGUGAAAAGUAUGGCCUCUGGCUUCAUGUUGACGCUUCUUGGGGAGGCUCGGCUUUGAUAUCAAGAAAGCAUUGCAGACUUCUUCAUGGCAUCCACAGGGCAGAUUCUGUUGCCUGGAAUCCCCACAAAAUGCUACUGGCAGGAAUCCAGUGCUGUGCUCUUCUGGUGAAAGACAACUCUGGCCUCCUGAAGAAGUGUUACUCUGCCGAGGCCGCAUACCUAUUCCAGCAGGACAAGUUCUACGAUGUCAGCUAUGACACUGGUGACAAGUCCAUUCAGUGCAGCAGACGUCCAGAUGCGUUCAAAUUCUGGCUGAUGUGGAAAGCACUGGGAACCACAGGCCUCGAGGAGAGAGUAAACAGGGCACUGGCUUUGGCUAGAUACCUAGUUGAGGAAAUUAAGAAAAGAGAGGGAUUCCAGCUGCUUUUGGAGCCUGAGUAUGCAAAUGUUUGCUUUUGGUACAUUCCACCAAGCUUAAGAAAAAUGGAGGAUGGACCCGAAUUUUGGCAGAAGCUACACCAG